CUUAAGCAAACACAUUGCAUCACUUUUUUCCUGGUCGAAGUAAUGGGAAGUUCAUCGGGCUGGAUUCUUGUUUCACCUGCCUUGUGGCUAUCCCCCCCUCUCAUCUCCUGCUUUAGGCGACUCCUCCGGGCAUGCUCCUUAAGCCAAAGUAUGGCCGCUUUCGCAAUGAGUCUGUGACCUCCUCCGACGACCUGAUGCAGAGCUUAACCAUGAGCGGCAAAGUUGUGGCAACACCAGUGGCCCCUUCCUCCAACACAAGCCUCCCUCUCCCUCCUUUGCCUCCUAUGGAUCCCAGCGCCAGGUCCUCCUCCUCUGCGGGGGCUACAGCCCUGGCAGACUCCCCCUGCCUCGAUGGGGAGCAGGAUGCAACAACAACCUUCUGUAUGCUCAUCCCUAAGAUGCCCCAGUGGAAAUUCUCAAACUCGCUGCUCAGCCGGAGCCCAUCCAACUCCAGCUCCAGCUCCAGCUCUAGCAAGGACUCGGGCAAGGCUGCAGCAACUUCUUCCCAGACCUCUGUCUCCUCAUCUUCUGCAUCACUCAGGACCAGUGGUGCCAUGCAAGGCAGCGGUCCCGUGGCCAGCCUUGCGGCUGUGUUUAACUCCUGUGACCCUGUUUGUGUCACCCCCUGUUCCCUUCAAGCCAUACGAGGGCAGAGAGCAGUAGCUUCAAGUUCUGCCAGUCCAGGGGUGCAUGGAUUUGGGGCCACAGAAGCCAUGGUGAGCCCUGGUGGUUCUAGCAACUCCAGAUCAGGAAUGAACCGCAGGACGAGGGUGGAAGGCAUGUGGCUGGGAGGCGAGGAUUUCAGCCAAAAGGGCAGCUUUAUCCACAAACCCUCUCAAGGCUGGUUGCACCCUGACAAGAAGAUUGCAGGACAAGGGGCCUCUUAUAUUGUCAGGUACAUGGGUUGCAUUGAGGUGCUGAAGUCAAUGCGUUCCCUAGACUUCAACACACGGACUCAGGUGACAAGGGAAGCCAUCAACAGGCUUUGUGAAGCUGUGCCAGGAGGGAAGGGGGCUUGGAGGAAAAAGGCCCUUAACAAAGCUCUGCAGUCUAUCAUGGGCAAGAGUAACCUGCGAUUUGCUGGGAUGAGCAUCGCAGUCAAUAUUUCCGUGGAUGGCCUUGGUCUACUCAUCCCAACCACACGACAGGUGAUAGCACAUCAUCCCAUGCAGUCCAUUUCAUUUGCCUCUGGUGGAGACACAGACACACCUGAUUAUGUUGCAUACGUGGCCAAAGACCCAGUGAAUCAGAGAGCAUGUCAUAUACUGGAGUGCUCGGAUGGUUUAGCCCAAAGUGUCAUCAGCACCAUCGGUCAGGCUUUUGAACUCCAGUUUAAACAGUAUCUACACAGCCCUCCUAAAACCAUGGCAUCCAUGGAAAGGCCUGUCAGGACAGAGGAACCCAUGUGGGGCGAGGAAGAGGACUUCUCUGACCAUGAUUACUACAACAGUAUUCCAGGGAAGGAGCCUCCUGUUGGGGGAGUUGUGGACUCAAGACUGAGGCCCAAUGGAGCCCUUCUGGGUCACAUCCACACCCAACCACACAGCAAGACAGCACCUCAGAUGGGCUCACCAGCCAAAAGAGAACAUGCUUCUUACCCACCUGGUCAGCUGUGUUAUGAGCUUCACUGGGACACUGAAAUGACUUGCAGCUCAGAUGGUUACCUUUGUGCUGAUGGGCAGCCAUCAGGCAGCAAGGACUAUGAGGAGCACCAGUAUGUAAACACGCAGAGUCUGGAAAACCUGAAUUCACUCACGCAGGGUCCAGAUGGAAACAGAGGGGCCAGGGCCCCUGACAGUCCCAAAAAGGACCUUUUUGAUAUGAGGCCCUUUGAGGAUGCUCUGAAGCUCCAUGAGGCCUGUGGUGGAGCUGUUUUAUCAAGCAUAUCAGGAGGCUCCGGACUGCAAGCUGAAGGGGGAGGUGUUCGAAUCUUGGAAGAUCAGUGGCCCAGCCCUCCACGACGCAGAGCCCCUGUUGCCCCUAAUGAGGAGCAGCUCCGCAGGGAGACCUGGUACCACAGCCGGAUGAGCCGACGAGAUGCAGAGAAACUCCUGGUCCGAGACGGAGAUUUUCUUGUCCGGGAGAGCACCACCAACCCUGGGCAGUAUGUGCUCACAGGCAUGCACUGUGGCCUGCCCAAACAUCUUCUGUUAGUAGAUCCUGAGGGAGUGGUUCGGACCAAAGACAUGCUAUUUGAGAGCAUAAGCCACCUUAUAUCAUACCACCUGAAGAAUGAGCUACCUAUAGUGGCAGCAGAAAGUGAGCUUCACCUCAAACAGGUGGUCAGGAGGAAGCCACGAGUCACCUGACCCUGCGUGGGACGUAAACUGCAGUAAACAUUAGAAUGGCUGAAUUCUUCUAAGCUUGUGAAAACCACUGAAAAACUGAAUUUGGUAAUCAUUUUUCUUGAAUGAGUAUUCCUAUAAAGGACUGCUAAUACUUUCUUUGGACAUACCUCGUAGUAAAGUGAGGUGUCUGACAUCACCUUGUACACUCUCUGCCUGCUGGCUGGCAGGGUAAACUAAAAUAUUCAUCAUCAGUCUCCUCCUUAGCAUGCAGCAAUUAAGCUAACAAACCAACCAGAAUCUGCAGUGUGUCCUGUGCCAGAGCUGCAUAAUCUCCAAGGUCAAACCUUAAACUGACGGCUGUUUGGAGAGGACCCAACCUCAGGAAAUUUCAGAUGGACAGUGAUGCACAGUGAAGAAGAAAUGUCCUGCAGAGUCCUGGGCAACCAUACAGUUAUAGGUCACUCCACCAGUUAAUAAACAUCACCAGAACAAAAAAUUACCAUUGUUUUUUUUUUUUUUUUUUUCUUUUUUUUUUUUUGUGGAUAUGAAAACAAAAAAAUGUCAGGUUCCAUAUUCAGAAGCUCAAAAAUGAAGACGUGUUUGUGUCUUUGGAAUGUAAAGACUGUUAACAAUGUCCAUCGGUCUGUUGUGUCUGAGAAGGCACAAAGGAUACACAAUGAACACAAUGUCAGUCCUAGAUUUUCAAAAAAGCUGCACAUUCUUCAGCCUUUUUUGUUUUUCGAUCUUAAUACUGAAUCCCAUUAAAACAGUCAUAUAUGUUCCUCCAGACAGCCCAGAGAACAUAUUGUACUGACAAUGACUCAGUUCAACAUAUUUGCAAGAAAUAACAGUCAUUUGUGUUGUUUGGAAAGGGUUUUUGAUAAAAUGGCGUGCUGCAUAAGCCUGUGAUUGUUUCUGGUCAGACUCUACUCUGUGGUGAUACAUCCUGUGUUAAAACAAACCCCUCUGUGUUUAAACCUACUAUGUCAUACAUGUUUUUCCUCAGCCUUCCUACUUCAGUGCCUUAAUAACUGACAGGCAUUUGUGUCAGAGUGUAUAGAAUGUGCAUUUAUGGACUGGUUUUUCUUGCCAUGCCAAUACAAAAAAAAAGAACAAACUUUAGGAUGAUUAAGCUCUUAUAUCUUAGAACAGUAAUGUAAGCUGCUCUGGUUUUGGCUUCAGUAAUGGUUAAUGGUAUCAAAGCUGUUUUGAUUGUUGUUGACUUAUAUGUGUCCUUAAAAAAUCCCCUAGAAGAUUUCCUCUUUUAGAAGUCAGCCACUCGUUGCUCUCCUUUGCAGCGACUGAUCUUGAAAUGGGGAUUUGGAUUUUAAAUCCUUUCUUUGUCCCGGCUCAGGGAAAUUCAUCAUCUUAAUGGUUGUCCCUAAUCUCAUGUCUAUGUCUGCAGAUAAUAUACAUGUCUGCACUGCGCCUCUGUUGCCCAAACAAGUGGCCAGCCUUGGCUCUCUUUAGCCAUUGUAAUACCUUUGUUCCUGGCUUGUCUUCUUUCUUUUUAUUUUAAUUUUUCAGGCCCACCACUGUUCUCAGUGUCAACAUCCCCAAUGCACAGAAAUAGAGGUAAACCGAAAUGCUUUUGGUGAGCUACUUUUUAAAAUUUUUUAUUUUUAUUUGGUAUUUCCAUUAUUUUCUGCUUUCUCUGGAAUAUCUUGGAUCUUUUAAUCUAAAAGUAAGUGGAAUGGCUUUUUGUCAAUAAAAUAAAUAAGAAAAAAGGAUACAACUCAAA